CCUUCAUGCGCUCUCGGAGCAGCAUCUCAGUCAGAGGCAGACAGGGAGUUUGAGUCAGUGACAACACACUAACGACUUUGAGCCUCAGAAAGAGAGAGAGAGAGACUCAAAAGCAGAGAGAGAGGGGAAUAAAAGAACACAUUUCUUUAUUUAUCUGUUUACAAGCAGCAAUCGAGGGAAUGCCAUCGAUAAACAUGAAAUUGGAGAUGUUGACGCUCAUCGCCUGCGAUGUAGACACGGAGGUGUUUACAUCCGACAAGAUGCAGGAGCGGUUUGAGGCUCUGUUCAGGAUCUAUGAUGAUCAGACGUCUUUCCAGAUGUUCAAGAGCUUCAGAAGAGUUCGGAUUAGCUUUAGCACCCCAGAAGCAGCUGCACGCGCUCGCAUCGAGCUCCACGAAUCGGAUUUCAAUGGCACUAAACUGAAACUCUACUUUGCACAGGUGCAGAAUUCGGGAGACGAUGUGGACAAGGCGUACCUGGCUCCACCUCAGCCGGUCAAGCAGUUCCUCAUCUCUCCACCUGCGUCUCCACCUGUGGGAUGGAGCCAGAGUGAAGACGCCACACCUGUCAUCAACUACGACCUGCUGUGUGCUGUGGCCAAACUGGGACCAGGUGAGAAGUACGAGCUGCACGCGGGUACAGAGUCCACUCCCAGUGUGGUGGUCCACGUGUGCGAGAGCGAAACCGAGGAAGAAGAAGAAGCUCGACCCAAAGCCAAGAUAGUCCAGACCAGACGCCCCGACGGCCCCCCGAAAAUCUACAACUAAACCCAUCGCCUCACCGCACAUGUUUUUCUCUCUCUCUGUGUCUCUUUCUCUCAUCCAGGAGAAAGACACGCUUUAUUUCAAUAACAAAAAAACAAGCUAAAUAACACAUGGAUGGGUUUUGGAUGGGUGCCCAGUGCACAGGUGACGUGUGCUGUUCUGAACGGGACUCGUGGACUGAACACACUGUCUCACCGCCGCCUCACGGGACAGAUAGGGGGGGACCAUGAGCCUGCGACCCCCUUCUCACCAUCAUAGCACUUUCAUUCCCUCAUUUUAGACUCUUUGUACUGUAGCAUUAAAGAGCAGUAAAUGUAUUUACCAGUCGUAGAAGUAGGUCACAUGUAAACUUUGUUACGUUUCUCACUUUGAUUGAUCAUCAAAGGAAAAAAAAACGCUUUCAAAGAAGAAUUUAUUUAGCUUUCUCCAUUUUAUUCUCUCAUAUCAGUCAGGUCGGCUCACGCGGAGGUGCAUUUUUGUCGUUCAUAGCCUACACCAUGCUAGAAUGGAACGACGAGUCAAACGUGAAGAGAGAAGGUGAUGACGGGAAGGUGUUUACGGAGUUAGAUGUGUAUUAUUAUUAUUCUUACUGUGUAUUUGAUACCACACAUUUUUGCAUGCUAACUGGCGUAUUUUAUACACUAUAUUAAGGCAUAUAUCUGACCGCUGUCUUUCUGAUGAUUGGCCUUGGAAAGCGAAGAAACGGUCAGAUGGACAAUUCUGCAUUUCUUUUUUUGUGUGUAUUUGUAUAUAUAUAUACAUAGCGCAACGUUCACUCGCAGGCCUGAUAAAUGAAAAGGGAAAAGCACAUGUUUUGAUUUAUCUUUCAGUUUCUUUAGCCUUUUCUGAUUACAGAUUCUGUAUUGUACAGAGACGAUGUUUCAGAGUCUACACUGGGAUGUGUUCAGAUUAUUGAUUUCCAGAAUGCUUGAUCAUUCACAUUAGUGUUUAUUUCCAUUGGCAGAUUCAAUAUUGAAAGGACAGUUCAUCUAAAAAUGAAAAAUCUGACAUGGAGAAGUGUACUCGAUUAAGUAAGAAUCACUUUCAUUUUGAGUAAUGUUGGUGACCAAUCUGUUCUGGCGCCCAUUGGCUUCAAUUGCAUUGAUAAUUUACACCUUUCUCAAUCAAGGAUCUCGAAGAACGUCACUUGUUUGGAAUGACAUGAGAGGGAGUAAACAUUUUUGGGUGAACAAUCCCAGCUGUUUCAUGUUUGUUCCAGUUUAUAAACCUACACUGUGUUAAUUCAUACCAAAACGGUUUAUAUUGAAGGCGUGUUGUAGUAAUAAUGUACAGUCAGUAAGGCAGAACGCUGCUAUUGACCAAUCAGAGAGGCAUGGAAUAACCCAGCAAACAAUUUUGUGUUUAAUAGACAUAUAAAUGUAGACAGCUUGACUAAAACAAGGCUAAACUUGGGCUGUCAGUGAAAAUCUAAUAGACAUCUACACUUUAAAACCCAACAGUCAACUUAUCAAAUGAAAUGAGUGUAGUUAACUCAAAAUUUACUGAAAGUUAAUUCUACUCAUUUUGAACUCAGUGUUGAAGGUAAUGAGUUAAUUAAAUACCUCAUUACUUCAACUUAAAUGGAGUAAGUUCACAGUACUCAUAUAGUUUAGUUUUUUUAACUCAAAUGGUUUGUAGCAAUUAGUUUCCUCAAACGGUUUAAGUUGCCUUAACUUAUUGGGUUUUACAGUACUCAGUUGGUUUGA